AUGUUUGGUUUUAAUAAGAAUGAUUUAAACCAACACACAGAUCAAAACCCACAACCACUACAACCCAACAUUAAUAAUAAUAAUAAUAGCAAUAGUAAUAAUAUUAAUAACAAUAAUUUUUUACUACCAGAUGAUUUAUCUGUAAAAAAAGAGAUGAGUGAUUCGGUCGAUUUCAAUAGUUAUGAUAAUAUUGGUACAGGUUAUGAUACAUCAUCAACAAUCAAUAGUAACAAUAAUUCGAAUAUUAAUAGUAAUAACAAUUCAAUACCAUCAAAUAAAAAACUAUCAUCAUCAACAAAUAGUCUUGGUUCAUCAAAAGAUUCAUUACCAACAAAAAAGAGAAGAUACGUUAUUGAUAGAGAUCAUGUUUUUAAUUGGAUACCAUAUUGCAAAAAUUAUUGGAAUAAAUUAAUAACUAAUGGUGUAGAAUUGCUACCACCAACAUUAAGUGUUUUAGCAGAAAAAGGUUUUUCAUAUAGCGAAGUCGACAAUUCUUGGGUGUAUUAUAGAAGAAAUCAUUUUCAAUUAGGUGUUACAGUUCAGCAUUAUUUCCAAUUUAAUGAAACCCAACCACCAUUUGUCAGUUUAAAUAAUAAUCUUUACCCAGUUGAUAAUCUAUUUCUUUGUAUUAGAGGGGUUAAAAAUGGACCAGAUAUCAAUAUCAGCGAAGAGAUCGAGGUAGAGUUAUAUCAAACUAAUUCAAAGCGUGAAAAAACUGAAGAGAAAUUACCUCCACCAGUUAUUAUGACCCAUUCAACAAAUUUAACAAUCCCAAGAUUACAUUUCAGAAAAGCAACAGCAAAUAACGCAAGAAAACAUAAAUUACCAAACCCACAACAAGAGUUUUUUAGAUUGGUAUUAACUGUUGUUGCUAGAUCUCAGAAUAGAGAUUUUUGUAUUAAUUCAAUUAUUUCUGAUCCAUUAAUUGUCAGAACUGGUCAUCCCACAAGCAACGGUACUGGUGUUGCUAAUAAUAUUUCUUUAGCAAGCCCAUCACCAUCACCAAGUUUAUCUUCAGUAUCAGUACAACAACAUCAACAUCAACUUCAACUUCAACAACAACAGCAACAUCAACAAGUACAGCAACAAUAUCAAUCACAACAACAACAUCAAGCAUCUCAAUUAAAUAGCUCUUUUGAUGGCUCAAUUGUUUCAUCAUCAAUUUCUACACCAAAUCACCAAACUCCAUUACAUUCAAUGAAUCCAAGUCCAUCAUUAUCUUCACCAAUAAUCACACCAAAUAAUAGUGGUAUUGUUUUUCCAUCACCAUCACCAUUAAAUACACCUUCAUCGCUAUCUAUUCAUAAUUCUCCACAUUUAGCUCCACUUUCAACAAAAGAAAACUUAUAUGAAAAAAUGAUAAAAAAUAAUAAUAAUUAUCAACAAAAUUAUGAUAGUAAUAGUAUAAAUAAUAAUAGUAGUAGUAAUAAUAAUAGUAAUAGUAAUAGUAAUAGUAAUACCAACAAUGUACAAAUACAACAAACAGAUAAAAUUAAUAGUAGUAAUCAUCAUUUCUAUCAAGCAGAGAAAGGUGUUUAUGUAUUACCACACAAUAAUAGUAGCAAUGCAUUAUCAAAUUAUAACGAUGUUCCAUCAUCGGAAUUAUUUUCACCAAGUGAUAACUCAUUUAAUCUUUCAAAUAAAUUUAUCCCACAAAAUAAAUUUAUCAUUCCAAACAACAACAACAACAACAACAACAACAACAACAACAACAACAACAACAACAACAACAACAACAACAAUAAUAGCAAUUAUAUAAAUAAUUCUAAUGUAAAUAAAUUAUCAUAUGAACAAAUUCAACAACAAAUUCAACAACUUCAACACCUUUCACAAAUGUAUUAUAGUAAUAUAAACAACAAUAAUAGUAAUAGUAAUAAUAAUAGUAAUAAUAGUAAUUGUAGUACAACAACUACUUCAACAACCUCAUCUAAUAGUUACAAUAAUAGUAAUAAAUUAGUAAAGAGAAAGCUUUCUAAUUCAUAUGAUGAUCAUUUGGGAGCUGAAUCAUCAUCACCAAUUGUAGAUAGAAUUCAACAAACAUCACCACUUCAACAACAAUCUCAACAAUAUCCAAAUCAACAAAACUCUUCUCCAAUCAGUCAAGAAGAAUCAUCAUCACCAUCACAACAAAUUCAAAUAGUUAAUAAUAGCUUUAUUAAUGAUCCAUUGGCUCACCCACAACUACCACAACCACAACCACAACAUAUUUCAAAUAAUAGUCUUGGUAAUAAAUGGGCAACUAAUACUGAUGGAUCAUUAUUUCAUUUUGGUAAUGUUGGUGUAAAUAGUGAAAACCCUCAAGAGGCAUUAUCUGUCAAUGGAAAUGUUACAAUUAGUGGUAUCAUGUAUCAACCAUCCGAUAAGAGAGUUAAGACCAAUGUUGUACCGGUUAGCUCCAAGAAACAAUUAGAUAAUAUUAUGAAGUUAAGAAUCUAUGAUUAUAAACUAACAGACGAGUGGGUAGGAACUACAAAUCUAACAGAAAACAAAGACAGAGGUGUCUUGGCUCAAGAACUAAAACAAAGUAAUAUUCCAAAUGCUGUUAAGGAAACUGGUGAUAGAGUAUUGGAUAAUGGAAAGGUAAUCAAAGAUUUCCUUGUUGUAAAUAAAGAUGCCAUCUUUUUAGAAAAUGUUGGUGCCACCCAAGAGCUCUCUAAAAAGGUAGAUAAUGUUUGUAUAGAGUUAGAAGAAUUAGAUAAAAAGAAAAUUGAAGCUUUGGGAAAUAAAAUGAGCGAAUUAGAAAGAACAACAAUUAAAGAAAUUGAAAAAAAUCAAAAAAGAAAAAAAAUAUUUAUAUCUAUCGGUAUUGUAACACUACUUAUAAUUUUUGGACUUGUUGCUAUUAGUAUAAUUUUAGGUACAAAGAAUCCAAUUACCAAAAAUAUUACAGUUUAUACUACCUCACCGGGUUAUUUAAAUGGAGAAAGUGAAGAUUGCUCCGAAUCACUUGCCGAUUCUUACUCUUGUUAUAUUUCUUCAACAACAUCAGGUACAACUGCUUCUUCUGUGGGGGUAUCUACAGCUAAUAUAUUGUCUCAAACUACUGGCUCUAUUGUAUCACUUGUUACCGAUAUGGCAUUUGAUAAUAAAGGAAGUUCAUCUAUAUAA